GUUGCAGUCGUCAUAACUACGGGGUCAGUCUCUGCCUUGAUUGCUUGACAGGUGCGUGUCAGUAUAGCUACCCAGCAUGUUCCCUAAAGGGAAAGGUUCAACUGUACCUUCGGACAGUCAAGCGAGGGAAAAGUUAGCACUCUAUGUAUACGAAUAUUUACUCCAUGUCGGGGCACAGAAGACAGCACAGACAUUUUUGUCCGAGAUAAGGUGGGAGAAAAACAUCACAUUAGGAGAGCCCCCGGGGUUUCUGCACUCAUGGUGGUGUGUGUUUUGGGAUUUAUAUUGUGCUGCGCCAGAGAGGAGAGAAACAUGUGAACAUUCAAGUGAAGCGAAGGCCUUCCAUGAUUAUAGUGCGGCGGGCCCGAACUCAGUCAUGGGACAGAUCCCCCAAGGAGCAGAUGGCAUGCCUGGUGGGCCCAUGCCAGGUUUCUUUCAGUCGUCUCCUCAUCAUAAUCCUAACAUGAUGGAUGGAAACCAGCCUUUCAUGUCUCCAAGGUAUCCUGGGGGACCAAGAGGGCCAGUCAGAAUGCCAGGAAACCAGCCUGCAGUGGGAGUACCCAACUCACAAGCAAUGAUGCAAUCAAUAGACCCCUCAAGGCAACCUGGUCAUAUAAUGGGUCCGAGGAUGAAUCACCCGAGAAUGCCCAUGAAUCCUAAUUAUGGUGGUCCCGGAAUGAGGGGGCCUUUGAAUUCAAUGCCAGGAGGAAUGCCAAUGUCAAUGCCAGGCGGAAGGCCGUGGAAUCCCAAUGCAGCAUCAGGUCCGCCUGGUGGUCCGGGUGGAGGGCCUCCUGGUACUCCGAUAAUGCCUAGUCCUCAAGAUUCCUCUAAUUCAGGUGACAGCAUGUUUUCAAUGAUGAAGUCAGUACCUGGUGGAGCCAUGGGACCAGGGCAGAACUUUCCAAUGAAUUCUGGCCCUGAUGGACCUAUGCCAAUGGGCAGUCAAGACAUUCCUCCUGUGAUGAACGGUGAGAUGGAUGGCAUGCCGAAGAGUUCACCAGCAAGCAAUCCACCGGGUGGCCCAGGAGGGCCAGGGACGCCGAGAGAAGACAAUGGUUCCAUGACCCCACAGAUGUUCCCACCAUAUGCCGAAAACUUGGCGGUCUUCUAAAUUGAAUAUCAGCAUUAAACGAUUAGUGUCCACAAGACCAGAAUGAAUCAGCAGCUAUACUCAAAAUUAAGGAGACAAUGCAAGAAGAGGCUAAAAGAUUUGAGAAGGACACGCCCGGGCCCGAUCAUCCGGAAUACUUCAUGCAAUAAUACACCCCCUUUCCCUUCCUCACAAUCCCGAUUCUUCUUGUCAACUAUUUCGCUUUGGAGACGGAGGGAGCAAUCUGAUCUUCCUUGAGAUAUGCCGCCGCACAAAAUAUGGCCUCAAACGUUGGAUCACGCUCUUAGCACAACUCCAGGACAUCACUAACCAUACGUGGGACUAUGUGUGCAUGUUGCAGCAUGCAGGCCUGAUCCAACUGUGAUACACCAUAUGGGAGAGCAUUGCAUCGCAUCUCCUGACUUAACUGCAGCAACGGCCGAGAUCACCUUUCAAAACCCUGAGGUAAUGGUCCUUGCAGGAUGUUGCUUGCAGCAUAGAGCCUCUUUAUUACAAAGCACCAGAUGGAAUCGAUCACUUCACAGCCCAACAAGAAAUGUACCAUGUGGGACUGUGGUUCCAGUUUCACCAACAGGGGGACCAUAGGCAUAUAUUAUCUGCAUUAAUCAAUUCAAACGUGUUCAUUCUCCAAUUGGCAGGGAAAUCUGGGCUUGGUUACAUAAAAAUUCCAAUCGGAAUAGCAAUUGCCAUGCAGUCAAGGUCAUUGUUACAUGUCCACUUUGGUCACAACAUUGACCAGAAACCAAUCAGAAUUGUUCUUUUAUACACACAAUCCAUCACAAACCUUUGUUAGGGAGUCCUCUUAAAUAUGGAUAUUUCUCAAAAUAAGUAUGUGCUACAUAUAGAAGGGUUAGGGUUAAAACAUCUUAGUAAAAACUAUAGACAUCUUUGUUCCUAAAAAGUUAAUGCAUAAUAUCUACAUACAAAAGAACAUCACCACGAGUCACCUUUAUUCAUAGGAUAUUUUAGUGCAUAAGACCUCCAUCUCUUAGACUUCUUUAUUCAUAUUAUCUAUAUGCAUAGGAUUUUUCAUCUAUAAGAUCUUCCUGCAUAUGAUUUUGAUCCACAAGAUGUUCAUGUAAAAGACCUCUUCAUGAAUAAGACAUUUUCAUGUGUAAGACACCUUCGUGCAUAAGAUCAUCAUGCAUAAGAAUUUCAUAAGAUCUUCAUGAACAAAAUCCUCAUGCAUAUGAUUUUUUUUCUUCUGUCUGAGGUUCAUGAUUUCCUUCAACCCAUUGCCUAAUUCUAAUUCCAGCAGAUUUUCAAAAGGGACCACAAGCUUACUGCCAACAAAGGUUCACAUUUCCAAUAUGCAUUAACAACAACAUGAAUAUGUCUCCUUGGCAGAAGUAAAUUUACAAUACCAAUCAUAGUUUGACCAAAGUAAUUGAUAAUUAUCUUGAGCUGAUGAGCAUGCAGUGAAUCUCAUAUUUUGUUCAAAUACUACAUUACAAAGUUGCCCUUCGACCAUCUCUAUCUGACUAAGUGACAAUUGCAAUAUUCUAGUAUAUCAAGUAUUCUGAAGAUUGACUAUGCUGUUUGAGUACGAGUGAUUCUUAUGAGAAGGCCUUUAUGUGAUUUCUUGUAACAUAAAUUCCUGAAAUGAUUGAGCUCUGAUGAGUGAUCAUGAUGCUGACCGUUGUACAAAGUAAUCAUUCACACUGUAAUUAUUAAGUCCUUGUGUAAUUUAUUCUCAUUUUUUGACAUGCUAUGUUUUGAAUAUAUUUCAUUUAAGACAUGCAACUGAGCUAUUGGUACUUGUAGUUGUAUUGCUUUAUCCUGUUUCAAAUGUAACAACCAGAAACAUGUUCUUAUGCAUAAUUCUUUUGAACCCGUUUAACAAUUUCUUUUAGUGCUUAGUACAAGGCUUACAUGAAACCAGAAACGCAUUCUUAUGAAUAAUUCUUUCAGCCUUCUUUAAAAAAAAGUUUUUAGGUCUUAGUACAAGGCUUACAUGAAACCAUAAUAACUUAUAUCGGUCAACCAUCAGGACUAAACAAAAGAAACCUUAUACCACAAGAAACCUUCCUCAUAUGCUUUGCCUAUUUGAAGUAAAAUCCAUCUUCGAGAGGAAAGCCAACAAAAGAAAGUGGAAAGAAAAAUGGCUCGGACUGAUGGAAGAAAGAAUGAAGUGAGGCCAAGGAACAAUGUGUUUUGUCAAAUCACAAAGUUUUAUCUUUAUUGAUGAUAUUGAUAGUCCAACAUUUAAAAAAAAUCUUAUUCCUCAUUGCUUGUCGUAAUACUGAUAUUUCAUAUACAACUUAUUGGUAAAACAUUUGUUUUUGGAACAUAGAGGAUUAUACAAAGUACACAAUACAAAUUGCUAGAGUAAGCAGAGCCAUAUAAAACAAAAAAAAACUGCCCUGAGAAAAAGUGAAUUCUGGUGCUGAAUUUUGAUGUAACUUGCAAAUAGAGAGAUGACCGUGACUAUUUCAUUGCUCACUGGCCACACCCAAGCCCAACUUACAUAGUCUGAUUUAUUGAAACAUACAAAAAAUCCUUGUUGAUGUUAUUUGUCUCACUUUUCCCGAACUCAAAAGAGAAGAAUCUUUGAAUUGGCUGCCCACUUGUUUUCAGCUUUAACAUAUGUCUCUUUUGUGAUGUGGAGUAUUUGGUAGCAUGUAAGCCUUUUUUCUAUGUUACUGCUGCACCGUUACACAAUGGCCAAUAUUCAUGAAGUUGGUUUUGAAUCUAUAUGAUCGGAAACAAUGGUGUAUGGAGAUUUCAUUAAUUACGCUUGGUUCAUUGCAUAUAUUGAAAAGAAAUUAGAUGUCAGAUCGGGCUUGUUACUAUGGUUUCCAUAUCAAUAACCCCAAUAAUAAUUUCAUGAUUUACACAAACAAUUCAAUAAUGUUACCUUCUGACCAAGCAUGUAUUCUGUAAGCUGUGUCUCAAAAUCUACCAUCAUUUUUGGAAUAUUUUUCAAAAUAUGCAGUGAUUAAGGGAAUCUUCAUAAACCAUGUUUUCGGAUCAUGGGUUCAAAACCUCCGUUGUUUAUCUGGGCCAUUAUGUUCAGGUAUUCGUAACACAUAGAUUGCAAAUUGUUUAAGACUAGUCAUCGACAAUGUCUCUUAGGGUGUAUAUAUUUUUGAUGAAGAUGAUGAGUGUAGGUUUGAAAUAUUGUCUUUGACUAUCAUCGUCUGAUUUAUUUUUAGUUCACUUUAGAUCAUUUGCUUUCACUUUAUGUCAUCUAAGACAUAUGACUCUCCAGUAAAUAGGGCAAUGUUAUAGUCACACCAACGAAACAGUCUCCAGGACCCCAUUUCACAAAAACUUGAUAUGAUAGCAACUCUUGCUAGAGUGUUAGUCUACCUUGACAAUAGUGAAUAUUCUGCUUUCUGAUUGGCUCUUCAACUAAAAGUCGAUAUUCCAACAAGAGUUGCUAUCAUAUCUUUUUUUUUAAUGAGGCCCUGAUCAACCAAUUACUGCCAUUCAAAAUAAUGCAAUGGCUUUGAUCGGUGUCUGAUGUUUCGUUGCUGUGUCUGUAGCUUAAGCAAGCCCUCAUGUCCCAUUUCCUGAGGAGUGUUUCAUAAAGCUGUUGGUAAGUUAAGAGCGGCUUUAAGAAUGACUGGUUAACCUGUUUGACGCGCUAAACCAUCACCAGUGAACAUUUUGGUGUAUACACCAUUUACCCCCAAAAAGGAUCACCAGUCAUUCUUAAAGUUACUCUUAUGAACAGCUUUAUGAGACACCUACCUGAUAUUACAUUGGCUUCAAUGCAGAUGAAUGAAAUAAUGUACCACACUAGUGAAGUAAUGAAUGGUAUGCCACAAUAUGUCGCUAUGUUGGGCAAAGUAUUUAAAUUAAAAGCAUAAUUGCUGAGAAUGUGCAAGUUUGCUUGAAGCCUUUUUAAAAUCCCACUCUAACUUAUAUCUAGGGACUGCUGUCUUUUACCACAUAUGCAUAGGUAAUGAAUGCUGUUUCUUAACAUGUGGGUAAGUUGUAUGACUACAAGGAAUUUAAAUUUGUCAAAUUUUGUAAUUAAAGGAAUCCAAUUUUGGGAUUCUUUUUACAUGUAUAUCUGUACAGGGUCAGCAUUGCAUUUAUUCUUUCACAGUAAUUUUUUUCUCUCAUAAUCUAUUUUAUAUUUCUCAUUUGUUUGUUUGUCAUUUUUGAUAGAGGUGAACACAGAUGGGGUUGUUUAUACGUAUAAUCAGUUUACUAUUUACAGAUUUCAUGUCCCUUUUUGGCUCGCACUCCAUAGAUGGAUAAACAAAUAUUUAUUAUAAUAAAAUAGUAUAAUUCUGAAUUCAUACCAAGUCAGUGUUACUUAGAGCUAUGGAAAAAAAUAAGCAGUGAAAACAAUCUCUAAAACUUAACGAUUAUUACAACAAUUUUGUUUAAAUUAUUAAUUUAUUUACUUUCAAGAUUGAUAAGAUAAACCCAUUUUAAGAAUGUAUUUCUUCCCCCUGCCAAGGUAAGGAAAACCAACUGUUUAUUAUGCUCCAGUUAAUCUUAAUUCUUGAUAGAAGACAAAUAUUGGGAAUGGCCCAAAUCUAUCUAUGCAAUUACUACAUACUGUCCAGUGGUCUACUCAUGAAGUAAUUUUUCAUUGUAUACUUCAACAAAAAAUGUGAAAAUACAGACUCAAUUUAAUUGUAAGUUUUAUGAAAGUUUUCAUAGCUUUUUAAACCCCUGCCUAUGUCACCUGUAUUGACCAUGGCCCAGCUGCACUAAGGCUUGCAAUCAAUUGCAAAAUGACAAUGGCCUCUCCUGAUCAUUGUUACAUGAUUAUUUAACAUACCCUCUCCUCUCUCCACCAAUCAGAAUUGUUGUUUUAAAAGUGCAGUUCUUUGUGUCACAGACCCUAGAAUGUGCACAUUUGUAUGCCCAAACCCUGCAUAGUUAACCUACAAAACAGCCUUUAAAUUCAUGCAGUCAAUCUCUGGCAAAUGCUAACUUCUUCACCAUAUUACACUUAUUAAAAACUGGACAAUUUUCAUUAUGAAGAAUUGUGGGGCUUUUAGUGAGGAAAGGGAAUAAACAAUUACUUGCCAUUGUUAAAAUUACUGAAUAGCCAAUAAGUCCAUGAUUAUCGAAUCCUCAGGAAGUUGUUAUCAAAACCAUUCACCGGGAAAAGUUUUGGCGGCUUUUUGAAAUGAUAGUAAUUCAAUGUUUUUUUUUAUAUCAAGCUUCCGAGACAUCUUUUUGAAUGAACUGUUUAAAGUCUUGGCUGUCCAUAUCCACAACUCGUUUGUCCACCCACCAUUUUCCCGUUCAUCUCACGUAACCUUGACAACAAGACCAAAAUUUAAAACCCUUCUUGUUCUCAUUCCUCCGUUCUUGUACAUAAUCUGGGCCUGCAACCUGCUGCCAAAGUCAUAAGUAAGCACCCAUUAUUGUCAUUGUUGAAUGACAAUGAGCCAGCCAUGCCAGGUUUGUUUUAACACAGAUAUACAGGAACAGUUGAUGAUGAUGAAUCUUGUUCAGAAUCAUGAGGCAGUUUGCCUUCUAAUUUAUCAAACACUAAAAGUGGGAUGACCAUGUGUACCAUGUAUUUUGUAUUAUAAUGUUGAACAAAUAUGAAUUCACCUCCGUACAAUGUCUACAUUGUACCUGUACAAUGUAUAUUGGUAGAAAAUCGUGUAUUUAGGAAUUUAUUGAAUGUUGUACAACUUUGUUUAGAGAAAUUCAUAAAAAAAACUAUUUAUGGCAUAUUUUUGUGUAUUGUGCAGUCUGGUAGUACAUAAAGUAUAUAAUUUUAACAUGUCAAUUCUCUUUCUCUUCAUUUCUUCAUUUUGUAGUGAAGAGACAUAUUUUCCUGAAAUUGUUUUAUCACCAUUAUUGAUUGGUGCUUUAAUAUAAUUGUAUUUUGUUGGUAGCUAUGUGUAUUUUUGUCAGAUGUGCCAGGUGUUCCCGUGCACAUUUGGAGCCGAAUACAUCACCAGAAGGGAUACAAGUUUGAACCAUUAAUUGGACAAAAAAAAACAAUCUUCGCACGUUCUUGUAGGCUUUUUUUUAUUUUCUGAUACAUAAUUGAUAAAACAUGAAAACAAUACCUCAUGUAUUCCACUUUUCUGUUCAGCUUUCGUGAAGGGAUUUGUUCACCAUUUGGUGUAAAAAUGAGUCCCUGAAAAAUGCACUUCAAAGCUCCCUAAGUAUAUUCUAACAGAUUUUCUUUCCGUCCACUUUUGCCUAGAAGUCGGCACAGCUGUCUUUUUUUCUGGGGGUUGGGGUGGGUUGUCAGAUGAUUUUAACUAUUAAAAUUCAAUUUGGCUUCACUACAUUUACUUAUUAAAAGGGUUGUUUUUAUUAAGGGUAGAAAAGCAGUUAGCCAUCUUUUCUAUUUUACAAAUUUUCUGGUUUUAACAAAUUUCCCAACCAUUUAUUUUAAGUGUCAAAGUAUUAAACUGAUACUUUAGUUUGGAAACCCACUUUUAAUUUGGACAUUUCUUGUUGGUAAACGGGAGGGAAGGGAAGGGGUGUCAUGGAAAGAGAUACGCUUGAUCUUUACCAUUGAUUGUAAUUGUUUGUACAUGGUUUGGCAUAGACUAUUGCGAUUAAUUGAUGAUCUUUUCAUUUUACAACUGGGACUGAUGAGAUGUAGAUAUAUAUACUCUCAGGAAUCAGAGAAGGUGAUUCCAAUAUUGGAAAUUGCUAAGAUCUAAGUAUGACAACAAUGCACUUGAGCGUGACUUAAGUGUAAGUCAUACUUAACUCGUUAUGAAACAACCCCAAGAUUAAGAAUCAUGUCUUUAAAAUUGAGAGAUAUUUAAUGAAAAAAAUAUUCUACCUGAACUGCACAUCUAUCUGUAUGGAAGGUUUAAAGUAAAUCGACUUGAGAUGUUUCAUCUUGCCCUGUCGACGUAGUAGUCUUAUGACAUGAUGCGAUACAUAAUCUCACCAAGUCAACCAUUUAAAUGUUACAUGUUGAUGAGAUAUUUUAUGUUGACAUAUUACGAGUUGUGUUGCCAUGGCGUUAUCAUUAUCGUAUCUCGCCUUGACAACAUAAUAAAGGCUAUUAGGUCAUCAUUGGCAAGAAAAUAUAUAUCUCUCAAUCUCAUCUAGUAGAUGGCACUUUAAAGCUUCCAUAUAUCUGUAACUAAACCAUGUAAAUAAUAUGAUAACCAUGGCUUGGCAUAGGAAAAUGGUUCACAUUUUAGUAUUCUUAUGCUAAGCACUAUUGUUGAAGCAGUUGUAUUCAUCUCCAUAUCUUCUCUUAAUUUGUUUUGAUUCUCCAGCGUGACUUUGGAAAGAAUAUAUUGUAGAUAUGAAGGAGAAAACAUUUCAAAGUUAUUUUGAGAAUGCGUAAUAUGACUGUUCUUUCAUGGACAGUUUUUUUUUCUUACAAUCAGACAACCAAAAUUUCAGAUUCCAUUGAGAGUCAUAUCUCUAGUCAAUCAAUGUUAAAGUAUGUAUUUGUUUAAAGUAAAUAGACAUGAAAUGUUAACUGUCUUUUGAGUUGAAAAGAUCAUGUUACCAGUGUUCUAAUUUCAGUGCUUAAUAUUAGUUAGUCAGAAACAAAUUGAGUCAUAUUUGACUAACUAACUUCUCAAAAUGAUUGAACUCAAGCAUGAGAUGACCAGAAUAUUUGACUUAAGAUUAAAAAUCAUGCAUAGGGAGAAUUAUUCUACUCAAAAUUGACAGAAAUCAAGGAAUACUUAAAUUUGUUUUGAAUUCUGGUCAUUUACAAUAACCAUGUCAAUUCUGACUUGGGUUUAAUUUGACUGGUUUGAUUAAAGAUUUAGUCAGAUAAGGGCCUGGCUAUAUAAAACUUGGCAAUUUGUUAUGUAGUUGAUUUUAAGAUGGUUGUACAUAAUUAUUAGUGCAGCCAAACGUGAAAAUUAGCCCCUUGAUCGAUUACUACACUGUGUUUUUUUGGCCUCUAUUGGUUUCAGAGUGCUCUGGCCAGUGAUGUCUUUCAUCUAAGGAGUGUUUCAUAAAACAAAUAGUCUGUGAAAAUCUCUGACAGUUAUUUCAUUAAAGGCAUAUAUCCAAAUUUCAUGAUAUGACAGAAUUACAGUUUCAGUUACAUUAUAAACAACUUGCUUUUAUUUCUAGUGCCCCAAUGAAUUUCAAAGGCUUAUUCUGAAUUCCUUUAAUUGCAAAAACUUCAGAGCAAAUUUUAGUGUAUUUAAUGCUUUCAAUUGCUGUAAGUGAUAAUGAACUGGACAAAAUGAUUAUUAUGACUUACAAUGUAAUGGACUUUAUUUGUUGAUUCUGAAUCCAUACUAUGGCCUCUUAAUAUUUUGAUAUGAUUUAUAGGGUAAUAGGCCUUCAUUGCUAGAUCGGCAGUGACUGCGUUUCUCUGUCUCUAUUGUGGAUUGUACCUAUUCAAGAGAAAGAUUUGAUGUUCAUUUUUAUAUAUCUCAAUAUUUAUUUAAACUUUUUUCCUCAUUCUCUUUGUUAACUCUCUACAGAUUUUUCUCUUGUGUGUGUCUGUACAAAAUUAUUAAAAUGUGGCACAUUUUUUGUCAAAUCCA